UCAGCCCUUAGGGGCCCCUGCUUGUCCACCAGUGCUCUCUUGUCCUUUAAAUCCUAGAGGCAAACUUUUGGGGGAUCAGGAAGGCUGGGAGGGGCCUGAGCCUUAACCCUCCCUGCCCCGGGCUGAGCCAGACUGGGAGGUGAUUCCGCACCGGCUUGGGCUCCCACCAUGGCCCCCGAGAGGGGCUGACACUUCAGCUCCUGGUGCAGGUAGAUCCCGCCCGGAGGAAGAAGGAAGAAGGCGCGAGCCCGGGACCAGGGGGCGGUGGCCGACUUGGAGGCUGGGAGAGGGGUUCCCAGCUUGAGCCGGAGCCUGCGAGAGCCCUUGCCCCGCUCAGCGAGGGCUACAAGAUGCCGGUGCUGAAGCAGCUGGGCUCCGCGCAGCCGAAGAAGCGGCCAGAGCGCGGCGCCCUGUCCAUCUCGGCGCCGCUUGGCGACUUCCGGCAUACGCUGCAUGUGGGGCGCGGCGGUGACGCCUUCGGGGACACCUCGUUCCUGAGCCGCCACGGCGGCGGACCGCCCCCCGAGCCCCGGGCGCCGCCUGUGGUGGCCCCGCGCUGCACGCCGCCGCCCACGGUCCCACAGCCCCCGGCGCCCGCGCUCCGCGCACCCGCCGACCCGCUGCUGUCCUUCCACCUGGAUCUGGGCCCCUCCAUGCUGGACGCGGUGCUGGGUGUCAUGGACGCGGGGCGCCCGGGGGCGGCGGCCGCCAAGCCCGACCUGGACCCCGGCUCGGGCGCCCAGCACCCCCGGGCCCACUGCCGCCCCAGCGCGGACCUCGAGCUGGACGACGUUAUCGGCCUGUAGCCCCCGCGCCCUGCUUUCUUCCGCGCUGCACCCCACAUCUUUAUACAUAAACGGCAAUGGUCUCGGU